AUGUCUUCAGAAGGAGAGAACGUUUCUUCUAUUCGCGUAUUACCCAACACUGAGUACUACUGCAACGAAGCUUUGGACGAAGCAUUUCUAAUCGUGUACAUUGUUUUAGGCCUGGCAAUUUUCGCCGGAAAUACCUUCUGUUGCAUCGUAUUUUUGGCGAAUCCUAAGCUCCGAGGAUGUUACAUGAACAUAUUUUUGGUGAGUCUCGGAUUGGCUGAUAUUCUUGGUUCCAUUUUGGUAAUUCCAGGCCACUGCGCGUUCUGCACAAACUGCUCCAGGAAUUUCAGUUUGAAACAGAUCGUAGAUGAAGAAACAUGCAGAUUCUUUGACGCCGUAAAGGACUUCGUUUGGUUGACGUCUGUCCUCAGCCUUCUCGGAAUCACUUAUGACAGAUAUUUAGCAGUUAUUCAACCACUUCGUUAUCAGUGCAAAAUGACGCCACGAAAAGUCUCUGCCGUCUUAGGAAUAACUUGGCUACUGCCAAUCCCAUUUUCCUUCAUAAAACCGAUUAUUAACGAUGCGGGAGUGGACUUCCUAAAAAAAGGUUCGCGUAGUGAAUCUAUCUUUGACUUCCUUGUGGUACUAACGCUCGUCAUCCUUCCAAUGACGAUUAUAUUCAUCGUAAACUUUAUGGUGACAAACGCCAUAAAGAACCAACUUCGGAAAGUUCAUUUCGAACGACAGGAAAGCAGAGGAGACCAAAAACCGAAAGACAACCGACGAAAGACGAUUUCCUGCUUGAUCGUUGUAGUGGUAUUUUUAAUUUGUUGGUUUCCCCGAUGCUUGUUGAAUUUUAUGUUUUUAUUUAAAAUUCUUCAGGAAAAAGGCUUGCGCCUUCUUGAAAAGAUAUCUUUGGUAUUUAUUUUUCUGCAAUCGUCUGCCAACCCUUUCUUAUACUCCUUUUACAGAAGCGACUUUCGCAGAGGCGCAAAAACUUUAAUGCGACAGGUGAUUCCAUUAGGAUCAAAAAGUUCUGAACAUAUCGAUCAACCUAGAAAGCGCUUCAACACCCAAGAAUCGAGGGUGGGGCCAGAUUUA